GAUUCGAAAAGCCGGAAGUGAUGGUUAUGAUCCAACAGUGGGAAUGAAUUGACGUUUACAUUCGACUUGGACGACAUCCGCCGACGGGGCGUUUCUUAGUAGAACUUUUCAGCUUUCGGUCAUAAUUAGUGUAUGAGUUGAGAAACCGUACGGCUAACUAAUUUGAAUAAUUCGCGUGGAUCGUGGUUCGAAGCGUCGCUGUAUACGCCGUGGACCGUUUGUCCACUUGUCCACUUGAAUUCAUCUCAACAGAAUCACGGAAUGGUCUACUGGAAGUAACGAUACCUACUAAUGAUCAGCACCGUUUACUACGAGAGCCGCGGGCGAAUUAUCCUUAUUCCCUUCUUCUAACCCCUUUGCUUCUCUUCUCAUCAUCCUACCUUCUCACGAUGCCUUCAAUAAUAGAGAAUGCGAGCCCUCGCACCAACUUUACAACAGUCGCAGAUGUAUUACCGAGUAACGUCUUAGGCGGUAGUCGCCUAAGUUAUUACGUCGCUAUUAGCGCGAUACUACUCUGUAUAUGGCUAUUCCAACCAGACAAGCAAAAAUGUGGUGUCUCGGCACCGUUCUAUAAGGCGUCACGAUUAAAAUGGAUGUUCAGCGCCGAUACCCUGGUGAAGGACAGCUAUUCCAAGUUUCGCGAUGCUGUAUACCAAAUCAAGACGACGGAAGGUGUGAGAACCAUCAUCCCGGCGUCGUUGGUUGGUGAGCUUAAGGGACUUCCUGAGGAUACCUUGAGCGCGAGGACGGCUGUGAAAGAGGCUAUGCUCAGCGAAUACACUAAGCUCUGUGCUGGACAACAUGCCGAUACCCUUUCCUUACUCCUCAAGUGUAAGAUGACUGGGCAACUUGCGCGGAUGACACCGCAGCUCAAGGAGGAACUCGAAUACAUCAUCGCAACGGAGUUCCCCGAGUGUGAAGAAUGGACCCCCUUCAAAAUCCAGCCCUUCAUGAUCCGGACGGUAUCGCGUUUAAGCGGACGUAUUUUCGUUGGACCCGCGCUUAACCGGAUGGAGGAGUGGAUGGACGUGAGCAUUAACUUUGCCGUGACGGCCUUCAUCGCGGUCAUCAAGCUACAGUUUUUCCCGCCGUGGAUGCGCCCCGCCGCACAGUACCUGGUAUCAGAGCUACGCACGAUCGAGAAGGACCUGGAGAAGGCGCAGGCAAUGCUAACACCCAUCAUCGAGGAGCGUAUCCGUGAUUCCGAAAUUCCCGGCUAUGAGAAACCCGACGACUUUGUCCAAUGGCUGUUGGAUGCAUUACCAGAGGACCAGAAGAGGGAUUUCUACAUACAAGGAAAAGUUCAACUGCUCUUGAGUGCCGCAUCGAUACACACGACGAGCAACCUCACGACGGACUGCAUUUACGAUUUAGCCGUUCACCAAGACAUGCAAGAGAUAUUACGAGAGGAGGCGCGUGAGGUCCUAGAGGACGACGAGGCAUGGGGUAGGAAGGAUAGUAUGCCGCGGUUGAAAAAGCUGGACAGCUUCAUCAAGGAGUCGCAACGACUGUCCGGCAACGUCACAUCCUUCAUCCGCAAAGUAAUGAAACCCAUCGACCUCUCCGACGGCACGCACCUCCCCGCCGGCACCAGCCUUCUCGCACCGAUGGCCGGCGUCGCCAUCGACGCGCGGUACUACAGCAACCCCGACGUCUUCGACGGCCUACGAUUCUGGAAGCUGCGCCAACAGCCACAAUCACAACCACAAUCCACCAGCAGUUCCCCCACCACCCCCUCCCCAACAGACGACCCUCCCACAAACCCCAACGGGCGAUGGCAAUUCACCAGCAUCAGCGACGCGGCGAUGAACUUCGGGCUAGGCAAGCACGCCUGUCCGGGGCGCUUCUUCGCCUCCUGCGAGAUAAAGAUGGUGCUCGCCUACCUGCUGCUGAACUACGACAUCAAGCUGCGCGACGGCGAGGGUCGGCCCGCGCCGAAUAUGUUCAUGAUGACCAAGAGCCCGAGCAUGACUGCCGAGAUCAUGUUUCGGAGGAGGUCGGCAUGUUGAGAAAAACUUGUGGGGGUGAGGAUGGGGUGAGGAGGGAGGAUAAGCCCCGGGGCCAGGAGCUUCCGGGGCUGAUUUGUCCAGUAUAUUAUCUGUCUUACCUACCCAGUAUCUAUUGUUUCG